CCAUCUGAGUCUAUGGGGAAGACUGCAGGACGAUAUCAGAGAGCAUCAUAGACCGUACGUUCACAGCUGGGAGAAGGUUUAAUAUUCUGUCUGGAAUGUAACGGACGUCACCGAGAAUGAUGGCCUGCAUCAUUUGGAUGCUCCAGGUGCUUCCCCUGAUAUUCUGCGCCUGGGGAGAAAGUGAUUUCCAGUGGACGCAGACGGACCGAGGAUCGUUUUAUUAUGGAACAUUCCCACCGACAUUCAUGUGGGGUGUGGGAAGCUCAGCAUACCAGACGGAAGGAGCCUGGGACACAGACGGGAAAGGACAGAGCAUCUGGGACGUGUUCACACACAAGAAAGGGAAAGUAUUUAUGAACCACACAGCUGAUUCCUCCUGUGAUGGCUACUACAAAGUGAAGGAUGAUACAGAGCUGUUGAAGGAGCUAAAGGUUUCCCAUUACCGUCUAUCUAUAUCGUGGCCUCGUAUUAUUCCUACUGGGGUUCGUGCUGAAAAUGUAAAUGAGAAAGGGAUUAAAUAUUACAACGAUUUAAUUAAUGGCCUUUUGGAAAAGAACAUAACCCCUGUGGUCACACUGUAUCACUGGGACCUGCCACAUAACCUGCAGGAGAAGUUUAAUGGCUGGCAAAAUAUCAGCAUGGUCACAUACUUUAACGAUUACGCCAACCUGUCCUUUGAGAGGUUCGGAGACAGAGUGAAACACUGGAUCACGUUCAACAAUCCCUGGUCAGUGGCUGUCGAAGGGUUUGAGACUGGAGAGCAUGCACCGGGCUUGAAGCUGAGGGGCACGGGUGCAUAUAAGGUCGCCCAUCAUCUUAUCAAGGCUCAUGCCAAGGUGUGGCACACUUACAACAAGCAUUGGCGCAGCAAGCAGAAAGGUAUGGUGGGUAUUUCACUAACCACUGAGUGGGGAGAACCUGUGGACAUCUCCAGCCAGAAGGACAUUGAGGCCGCUGAGAGAUUUGUCCAGUUCAAUUUUGGAUGGUUUGCUAAUCCUAUUUACAACGGAGACUACCCACAGAUCAUGAAAGAAUACAUAGGUCAAAAGAGCGCUCAACAGGGUUUGGGCAUGUCGAGACUUCCAACCUUCAGCUCACAGGAGAAGAGUUACAUCAAGGGUACCAGUGACUUCCUCGGAGUUGGCCACUUCACCACAAGAUACAUCACAAGCAGGAAUUUUCCAUCCACCCAAGGUCCCAGUUACUUCACUGACCGGGACCUAACGGAGCUGGUAGACCCCAAGUGGCCCGAGCCAGAGUCUAAGUGGUUGUAUUCUGUGCCGUGGGGCUUCCGUAGGCUUCUCAAUUUUGUGAAGACCCAGUAUGGAAACCCACUAGUGUUCGUGACAGAGAACGGCGUGUCUGAGAAAAUGCAUUGUGCCCAGCUGUGUGAUGAAUGGAGGAUACAAUAUCUAAAAGGUUAUAUCAAUGAGAUGUUAAAAGCUAUAAAGGAUGGCGUUAAUAUUCAGAGCUACACUGCCUGGUCUCUCAUGGAUAAGUUUGAGUGGGAUGAAGGUUUCUCAGAAAGAUUUGGACUUUAUUAUGUUGAAUUCAAAAGCAAAAACAAACCUCGCUAUCCGAAGGCAUCCGUUCAGUUCUACAAGAGAAUCAUUAGUGCCAAUGGCUUCCCUAAUCCCAGAGAGGUGGAAAAAUGGCACCGCAUUUCUACCGAGACCUGCUCUACAACCAAUCAGCUCCUGGCAGCAGACCCCCUGGUAUCUCACAUGGAAAUGGUGACGGAGAUUGUGGUCCCAACUGUCUGCACGCUCUGCAUCCUCAUCAGUGCAGUGCUGCUGAUGAUUCUUCUCCGAAGACAAAGCUAGAACGUUGGUUGCG